GUGCUCAUUUCAAGAUUUGCAAGCAACGCGCCGUCAACUCAAACAUACGUUUGUCCAUUUUUUGCGGAUAAGUUUGGCAAUUAGCUGGCUGAGACUGUGUGCAUCUCUGUGUCCGUGUGUGCAGCAAUUGCAGCAACAAUUGCAGUUAACCGAGAAAACCGUCCGAAAAGCCAACAAAAAAGCAACUUUAAAAAGCGCUCGUGAAGAAAUAAAAGUGAAGCCGGUUUGCAAAAAAAUUACGCAAAUAAAAAAAAAAGGAAAAACGGAGACAACCAAAAUUACCGUCUGGUCUGUAUUCGUGAGUUAAAUCAAGUCACACGAAAAUAUUCAAAUAGAAAGAGUCCAGUAAUCACAAUUGAAACGAGUUUGCAUCGGCCCAUCGUGCAGAGGAAAUCGAGCGAGGAAAGAGCCAAAAAGCCAGCCCCAAAAUGCAAUUGCUUUGCAUCUCGUUAACCAUUUUGGCCGCCUUGGCACUCGGAAGUGGCUAUGCAGCCACGCUGCCAACCUCCGCUCCCAGUGUUUUCAGCAGCGAUCCCAAUCCGAAUACGAAUUCCAACCCGGUCGAGGAUGCAGUUGCACCACCGUCAGCUACCUUGUCCAGUGGUUCGAAUGAGGUUACACCCUGUAGUCUUAGUUCGUCGGAUCUGAAUGAAUGCAUACGCGGUUUGAUUCAAUCAUUUGCCCCCAAGUUAAAGAAUCAGGGAGUGCCGGAGUUCAAUAUGGACUCCAUUGAUCCGUAUUUCUACAAAAGAGGCAUCUUCCGGUAUACCAACGAUGGCAUCCAGGGAGGACUUCUGAUCAAGAACAUGGAAAUCUAUGGCAUCAGUCAGUUGCAGGUCAACAGUGUGGCUGCCAAUUUCACCGACGACGGAUUUAUAAUCAAGUUGGGCAUUGAACUGCCGCAACUCAAGGCAGGUGGACACUUCAAGGCGGACGUGAAGUUCGGUGGAUUGCGUCUGGUGCCCAAGGGACCCUUCAACAUCACCAUAGACAACAUCAAGGCCACCAUUCUGACCGAUGGCCACAUCGAACAGCUGCCCAGUGGUCAGAAGCGUCUCAGUUUACAUCGUCUGAAUGCCAAUGUCAAUAUCGGCGAUGCCAAGGUGGUGGCCAAUGGCAUCUUCUCGGAUCGCAGCUUGAAUGCCAUGAUUCUCAAUCUGGUCAAUGAGAAUCUACCGGAAAUCACACGUGUCGGAAUUCCCGCCACCCGGGAACAAUGGGCUCCCAUUUUGAUUGCCCAUAUCAACGAGUUCUUUGCUAAGGUUCCCAUCGAAAAAUUCCUGGUUCAAUGAUGCACUAAGCCUAAGCUCAAGGAACACUAGCUCCUAGUUAGUUUUAGCCUAAUGUUUACAAUAACAAAUUUAACUUAAGCGCUGUUUCCAAAUAAUUUUCUAUGCACAAACGAUUUGGCAAUCAUUUGGAAUGAUUUUAAACAUAACCAAUUUGUAUUUAUUUAUGUCAUCUAUUCUAAAACAAAAAAAAAGCUAUGUGAAAAUUUUAAAAUAAACGCUCUUUUCUAAAAUGUUUA